CGCUUCGCACGCGAUGCUCCCCCCCGGUCUGAAACCCACGGACGGCACCGACACCCCCACUCCGACCCGUCGGGAUCCCCCCCCCACACACACACUUCUUCAUCCUCCGCCUCGCCGCGGAGGACACGCAAAGGAGCGGGGAUCCCACACCCCACGCGUGGGAAGGAGGCGGGGGGGGGGGCUGCGCGGCCCCUCUCCUGCCACCUCCGGGAGGUGGGUGGGUGGGGGGGUCCGGGUUAGUUAUUUGGGAGUUUGGACGCACGUCAGCUUUGAUUAGCCUUCGGUCACGUGACGGGAGGUUGGCGGGCCAAUCAGGGCGAGCGGCGAUGCAUAUAAAGCAGGAGCGAAGGGCGAGCGGGGUACCUGCCGCCAGGAUCGGGCCCCCGGCCGCUCCGCUCCGCAGGUUCCCACGUGCCGGCAGCGAUGAAGGCUGCAAUGUCACUGGUGGGAAGCCAAGGCGUCGUCUCGGCCACCGAGGUCCUCCUCACGGCUGCCGUCUUCUGCCUGGUCUUCCUGCUUGUCCAGUCCCUCCGGCAGCACGUGCCCAAGGGGCUGAAGAGCCCCCCGGGACCCAGAGGCUACCCCAUCCUCGGCAACGUGCUGGAGCUGAGGAAGGACACGCACCUGGCCCUCACCAGGCUGAGCCAGAAGUAUGGGGACGUGAUGGAGGUCAGGAUCGGCACCCGGCCCGUGCUGGUGCUGAGCGGGCUGGAGACCAUCAGGAAAGCCUUGGUGAAGCAAGGAGAAGACUUCAUGGGGCGCCCUGACCUCCACAGCUUCCAAUACAUUUCAGAUGGGGAGAGCCUGGCCUUCAGCCCCGACUCGGGGGAGGUGUGGAAAGCCCGCAGAAGGCUGGCCCAGAAUGCCCUGAAGACCUUCUCCAUCGCCCCCAGCCCCACCUCCUCGUCCACCUGCCUCCUGGAGGAGCACGUCUCCAAGGAGGCCAGCUACCUGGUCACCAAGUUCCUGCAGCUGAUGGAGGAGGGGAAGAGCUUUGACCCUUACCGGUACCUGGUGGUCUCUGUGGCCAACGUCAUCUGCGCCAUCUGCUUUGGCAAGCGUUACGACCACAACGACCAAGAGCUGCUCAACAUAGUGAACCUCAGCAAUGAAUUUGGGGAUGCGGCUGCUUCUGGCAACCCCGCUGACUUCAUCCCCGUGCUCCAGUACCUUCCCAGCCGCACCAUGCAGCUCUUUAAGGACAUCAACAGGCGUUUCAACUUCUUUGUGCAAAAAAUUGUCCAGGAGCAUUACACCAGCUUUGAUAAGGAGCACAUCCGGGACAUCACGGACUCGCUGAUCGAGCAUUGCCAGGAGAAGAGUGUAGGGGAGGAUGCCCGUGUCCCGCUCUCCAACAAGAAGAUCAUCAGCAUCGUCUAUGACCUCUUUGGGGCAGGCUUUGACACUGUAGCAACUGCCUUAUCCUGGAGCCUCAUGUACGUUGCCUUGUACCCCGACAUCCAGAAGAAGAUCCAGGAAGAACUAGACCGAACCAUCGGCCAGGAGAGGAGACCGAGGCUGUCGGACCGAGGCACACUGCCCUACAUGGAAGCCUUUAUCCUGGAGAUGUUCAGGCAUUCCUCCUUCCUGCCCUUCACCAUCCCACACAGCACGACGAAAGCGACGGCGUUGAACGGCUAUUACAUCCCCAAGGAUACCUGCGUGUUUAUCAACCAGUGGCAAGUCAAUCACGACGAGAAGCUUUGGAAGGAUCCCUCAACCUUCAACCCCGAGCGGUUCCUCAACGCCGCGGGGACCGAAAUAAACAGGACUGAGAGUGACAAAGUGAUGGUUUUCGGCUUGGGGAAGAGGCGCUGCAUCGGGGAGUCCAUCGGCCGGUGGGAGGUCUUCCUCUUCUUGGCCACCAUGCUGCAGCAACUGGAGUUCAGCCUCCGCCCCGGGGAGGAGGUGGACAUCACUCCUCAGUACGGACUGACAAUGAAAUACAAGAAAUGCGAGUGCUUCCAGAUGAAGAAGCGUUCCCCCACGAAGAGUUCCCCGUAAGCGUCGCUUCGCAGAAGAAAGCCAGCUCUCGGCAUGGGGCGCUCAGCCCGCUUUUUCCUGCCGCUUUCUCUCGAAGCCAACGCGGCCCCGCACUUGCGGUCGUGUCGUUCCUCUCCCGUAAACGCGAGCGGGAAGGGAUAAAGCCUUUUUUCCCACCCCACCACCCCGCGGGGCGAAAGUCUUUUGGAGCUCUUGGCAGAGCUGUCCGCAAAACCUUCGGCUCCCGGGGAAGGGGCCGGCGAGGGGUGGGGGUCUCGAGGGGAUGCUGAGGUCAGAGCCAUCCCGGAGGGGACCCGUUCUGGGCGCAGCUAAAUUCCCCGAAUAGAAGAAAGCCGUGAACUGAAUCCUGUGGGUUUCUACCAAUCCUUAGCGACAGCCUAUUGAGGGGGGGGGGGAUAAAAAUAAAAAAAAUAAAUGAAAAAAAAAUAUCCGUAAGAGGUGCUGUUUGGAAAUCGAGAUAUUAUUAGCUAAACAAGAAGCCUCCUGGAGAAUAUCGAAGGACUGAAAAUAAGAAACAGUAAGAAGCACGGACAAUACUUCUGGCUUUCAGACAAUGUAUUUCCCGUUUGUUUUUUGUUUCUUGGUUUGUUUUUUUGGUUUUUGCUUUUUUUUCUUUUUUAAACUCAUAUUUUUAUUUUUUAGCAAGCAAUAGAUUUCUAUACUCAGACUACUCAAAGGAGCAAAGGUUCGAGGACCGCAGGAGAUGCGCCGCCUUACGUUACGGUCCGCUUUAGCCAGCGCGAAGGUGAAUUUUCCCGGCAAACGGAGCGGCGAUUCCUGUUUGUACCCCGCCCGGAACGCAUCCGUAUGCCAGGAUAUAAACUGCACAGUAUUUCUAACCCAAUAAA